UAACACUUGUCUCUUCUCUAUUUUUUCUAUCUCAAAACAACUUUCACUCUCUCCAGAUCUAAACAAAAACCUAUGGCGAUUACUAUCGUCUCCGUCAGGGCUAGGCAGAUCUUCGACAGCCGUGGUAAUCCAACGGUCGAGGCUGAUAUAAAAUUAUCGGAUGGUCACUUGGCUAGAGCCGCCGUUCCUAGUGGUGCAUCCACUGGUAUUUAUGAGGCUCUUGAGUUAAGAGAUGGAGGAUCAGAUUACUUAGGAAAAGGUGUUUCUAAGGCUGUUGAGAAUGUUAAUUCAAUUAUUGGCCCUGCAUUGAUUGGCAAGGACCCAACUGAGCAGACUGCUCUUGAUAACUUUAUGGUUCAAGAAUUGGAUGGAACUGUAAAUGAGUGGGGUUGGUGCAAACAAAAGCUCGGAGCAAACGCCAUCUUGGCUGUGUCUCUCGCUCUUUGCAAGGCUGGUGCUCAUGUCAAGGGUAUUCCCCUUUACAAGCACAUUGCUAACCUUGCUGGUAACAAGAACUUGGUGUUGCCUGUCCCUGCUUUCAAUGUCAUUAAUGGUGGAUCACAUGCUGGAAAUAAACUUGCUAUGCAGGAGUUCAUGAUUCUUCCUGUUGGAGCUUCUUCAUUCAAGGAGGCCAUGAAGAUGGGUGCUGAAGUAUACCAUCACUUGAAGUCUGUGAUAAAAAAGAAGUAUGGUCAGGAUGCAACCAAUGUUGGUGAUGAAGGUGGUUUUGCUCCUAACAUUCAGGAAAACAAGGAAGGACUGGAAUUGCUCAAGACUGCCAUCGCUAAAGCUGGUUACACAGGCAAAGUGGUUAUUGGAAUGGACGUUGCUGCUUCUGAAUUUUAUGGUUCAGAUAAAACAUAUGAUUUGAACUUCAAAGAAGAGAACAAUGAUGGUUCGCAGAAGAUAUCAGGUGAAGCUCUCAAGGACCUGUACAAGUCAUUUGCAUCUGAGUAUCCCAUUGUAUCAAUUGAAGAUCCAUUUGACCAAGAUGACUGGGAGCACUACUCAAAGCUAACUAGUGAAAUUGGAGAGAAAGUACAAAUUGUAGGAGAUGAUCUUUUAGUCACCAAUCCUAAGAGGGUGGAGAAGGCUAUUCAAGAGAAGGCUUGCAAUGCUCUUCUCCUCAAGGUUAAUCAGAUUGGAUCUGUAACUGAGAGCAUUGAAGCAGUGAGGAUGUCCAAGCGAGCUGGAUGGGGUGUGAUGGCCAGUCACCGCAGUGGUGAAACUGAGGAUACUUUCAUUGCUGACUUGUCAGUGGGUUUGGCCACGGGUCAGAUUAAGACUGGAGCGCCAUGCAGGUCAGAGCGCCUUGCAAAAUAUAAUCAGCUCCUGCGUAUUGAGGAAGAGCUUGGUGCAGAAGCAGUUUAUGCUGGAGCCAAAUUCAGGACACCUGUUGAACCCUAUUAGAAUCUGAAAGGGGUACUUGUUGGAGGUCAGAUCCGAGCAGCGGACUUUUACUUGAAAUGAAUAAAUUUGUGUGAAAUGGGUUAACCCUGGACCCUUUUUCAAAUAAUUUUGACAGAAGUUUUGUUAUGAGGUUGCAAUAGUGGUGUAGGGAGUAGUGUUUUUUUUCUUCUAAAGUCAGAAUAUGUUCCACCAAAAGCUUACAUUGAGUUUGCUUUUUAUAAUCGGGAAAUGAAAUGUUGGAUUACAUUAUAAAUCUUUGCGAAAUGGUUUUGAUUUGGCUGGUUUGUUGACUUCCUUUCA